UUGGGAUUGGCCCUUAGAAUGCACUUUUUCCUUGUUGUUAAGCGGAGGUCAACCGGAAGUGGCUCUUUGUUGAAAUGGUUACCAUGGUUACCUCGGGUACAGCGCCACCUAGCGUCACGGAGUCAGCCAUGCUCUGCAGCAAACAUGAGCGGACGAGGAAAAGGAGGAAAGGGUCUCGGUAAAGGAGGCGCUAAGCGUCACCGUAAAGUCCUCCGUGACAACAUCCAGGGAAUCACCAAACCCGCCAUCCGCCGUCUGGCUCGCCGCGGGGGUGUGAAGCGUAUCUCCGGUCUGAUCUACGAGGAGACCCGCGGUGUGCUGAAGGUCUUCCUGGAGAACGUGAUCCGUGAUGCCGUCACCUACACCGAGCACGCAAAGAGGAAGACGGUGACUGCCAUGGAUGUGGUGUACGCGCUCAAGAGACAGGGACGCACCCUGUACGGAUUCGGGGGUUAA